GGGGUGAAAGUGGGAUUUGGGAAUCUCAAACUGAUUUCCUUUCUCGUUUCUCCUUCUCUUUCUUGAAAUUUCCUUUUUAACUCAGAAUAUCCCUUUGGUUUUCCGACGAUCUUCCUUCUCCGAUCAUAAUUCUUCUUCGAUACACUUGAAGCUGCAGUCCAUCAUAGGAAUUCCGGUCGAUCGGACGGGAAUACUAACCUGACUGUGGCUUCAGGAGUUUGGAAAUUGAAGCGCAUGAGCUGGUUGGGAAAACUUGGUCUGAACCUUAAUACCAAUUCCAACCAUUUCCUUACUCGUCUUCUCAUCUUCAUCCUCCAUUAUUCCCCUCAGUUACUUCCUCCUUCGUUUCAAUUUCAUUAUCCAUCGCUUCUUCCUCUCUCCUUUCAUAAUCUGAGUCUCGAUAUUCGCUUACUCCCUUUCGUCGACCAUGGAAUCCGGAGCCAAGAGUAAUUCCGAACUUCGUACAGAAAUUUGUUAUCCCAAACCCCAGACGCAGCAGGUGAGAUCGUCUCCGUCUGUUAUAGUGAUCGGCGGUGGCAUGGCCGGCGUUGCGGCUGCUCGUGCUCUCCACGACGCCUCUUUUCAGGUAACUCUUUUGGAGUCACGAGACAGACUUGGUGGUCGUAUUCACACUGAUUAUUCCUUUGGUUUUCCUGUUGAUCUUGGAGCAUCGUGGUUGCACGGCGCGUGUGAGGAAAAUCCGUUGGCCCCUUUGAUUGGGAGGCUCGGAUUGCCAUUGUAUCGAACUAGUGAGGAUAAUUCUGUGUUGUAUGACCAUGAUUUGGAAAGUUAUGCACUGUUUGAUACUGAUGGGAGUCAAGUUCCUCCUGAGUUGGUAACAAAAGUUGGCAUAACCUUCGAAACAAUCUUGAAAGAGACAGAAACUAUAAGAGAGGAAGAAAUUGAAGACAUGUCCAUACUCCGUGCAAUCUCCAUUGUUUUUGAAAGGAGACCAGAAUUAAGGUUGGAAGGGCUUGCCCAGAAGGUUCUUCAAUGGUAUUUAUGCAGGAUGGAAGGAUGGUUUUCUGCUGAUGCCAACACUAUCUCACUUAAAGGCUGGGAUCAGGAAGAACUACUCCCUGGUGGGCAUGGACUUAUGGUCAGGGGUUACCUACCUGUUAUUCACACACUAGCUAAGGGUAUUGACAUCCGAUUAGGCCAUAGGGUUACAAAAAUAUCUAGGCAAUAUACUGGAGUGAAGAUAACAGUGGAAAACGGAAAAACAUUCAAAGCUGAUGCUGCUAUUAUUGCCGUUCCUCUUGGUGUGCUUAAAGCAAACGUCAUCAAGUUUGAGCCCAAGCUUCCAGACUGGAAGGAGGCAGCCAUUGCUGAAGUUGGAGUGGGGCUUGAAAAUAAAAUAAUAUUGCACUUUGAAACUGCUUUUUGGCCAAAUGUGGAGUUCUUAGGAGUUGUUGCCGAUACAUCAAAGAAUUGCAGCUACUUCCUCAAUCUUCACAAGGCCACAAGCCAUCCUGUCCUUGUUUACAUGCCUUCUGGAAAGCUCGCUAGAGACAUUGAGAAGAUGUCAGAUCAAGAAGCUGCCAAUUUUGCUUUCAUGCAACUCAAGAAGGUCGUACCUGAUGCGCCCGCCCCGAUUCAAUAUCUAGUUUCUAGAUGGGGAUCAGAUGUCAAUUCACUUGGAUCCUACAGCUACAACAUUGUAGGCAAACCCCAUCAUUUGUUUGAGAGGCUGAGGAUACCUGUCGACAACCUCUUUUUUGCUGGGGAGGCUACCAGUAUCCACUACCCUGGAUCCGUGCACGGUGCAUACUCAACCGGUCUGAUGGCUGCCGAAGACUGCAGGAUGCGUUUUUUAGAGCGUUAUGGGGACGUGGACUUGUUGCAGGCAGUCAUGGUCGACGAAGCUCCGUUAUCGGCACCUUUGUUAAUUUCUCGAAUGUAAUAUCGUUCGUGGUGGGGUGUCGGUUCAUUGGAGAUUAUGUGUGUGAGUAACAGAAAAGAAAAACCUGAUGUCUGGGGGAUUAAAUGAUUGUAUUUAGAUUAGUGAUCAAAUGGAAAACAUAAGUGUAUUGUAAUUGUAUUUGUAUUUGUAUUCCCCAAAUCACAUUCCCCAAAUCACAGUGUGUUUUUAUGGAUCUAAAACUAUUACCUAAGUUUGCUAUUUACGAAUGGGAGUUUCUCCAACUCUUAACUUUAA